AUGGCGACCAUCGUUGAAUGCACUAAGACUGGAGACUGGAUCCGGAUUAAAAACGAAGACCAGACCCGGAACCACUGUCCACACAGGCUGUUCGUAGGCAAUCUACCAAAAACCAAGACUGAACAAGAUAUAUGCACGGAGUUGAAACGGAAAACGUUUGGACUGGUCCGCGUGAUCACUUACAAGAACUUCGAGAACCCCACCCUGCACCGGGGCUUCUGUUUUCUGGACUACGAAUCUCGAGCCGCGGCCGUAGAAGCCAAGUGCUGGUUGUCCUGGAACACGAUGUUCGGAUGUCGGACCAUCAUCGACUGGGCCGACCCCGAACCCGAAUUCGACGACGAUACCAUGGCGGUGGUCCGUAUACUGUUCGUCCGGCAAUACGGUGGCACGCUCAGCGAGGAAGUGCUCACUAAAGUUUUCAGCCGGUACGGUACCAUCGAACGGGUGAAGAAUUUAAAAAACUACUCGUUUGUUCACUUCGCCCGCCGGGAAGACGCCCAAGCGGCCAUGGACAACUUGGACGGCGCCACGGACAUAGAUUCUGGCGUUUCCAUAGACGUGCUGUGGGCCAAACCACCCGCGGACAGAGAGCACCGUGAACGCAUGUUGCGGAACCGGGAAUGGCGCAUGAGGCAAACGGUCGGCGGACGACGUUCGUACACCGCCGACGUUUUGGAAACUACAAAGUCGUCCGACACAGUUUCGACCACGUUCCGGGCCACCCUUGACCCUUACGCAAAGUACGAACAUUACUGUUAUGAUUUCAGCCACCAGGGGCUCGACUGUCAGUUCCAGAAACAAUCGAACGCUCCGCCACAAUCACGUGGUCCGUUGUACUGUAAACUGAGACUACCAACUAAGACCAACGGCCGUGACGUCAACGAAAGCUAUGAUCAUGCGCGUCGUCAUGACCGUGCCGGCGACUUGCAUGAAAGUGGUGACGAAAUACGUUCACGUGAUUUCCGCUCUUUGGGAUUCGAUUACCGACGCAGCGACCGCGGCGAUUGCAAGGCCGCAGUUCGGAGCUCCAAUGACGUGGACUCCAACAUUUUGAAGUUUUUCCAUAAAGUCAUCCACGGCGGUAACACCACGGUUAAAUAA